AUGGCAUUAUCCUUAUUCCACCAGCAGGGGCGCAGCAACACCGGCACUCGCUGUCCCGCGCCCUCAACGAAAUCCACCCUCACCAUCACCACGCGGACACUGCGGUCGCCUCCGAGUCUCGAUGCAUACAACGUUUCUCCCACGAAUCCCGAUACCACGCGGCGCUCGGGUUCCCGCACCAGCCUGCGGAAGGAGAUGGCAGUGCAGGCUUCCUCGAGCCCACCGCGCGGAUUGAAAAAGGCCAAGUCGAAAUCGGGCGGACAUGCAAAGCUGCACAAGCGUGGAGGAUCGKGCGGCUCAUUGCCAGGCCCGCCAUCACCCUUUGCCAGCACUUUCACCACACCCUUCGCGACGUACGAGGAACCCUCGACAGCCGUUGCCGCGACGCCCAAGAUCAAGCCCUACCUGCGGAAAAUGUCGUCCGCCAAGGAGGAUCAAGGCAUGAUCGAUCUCUCCAAGAGUGCUGCUGAGAACGAUCGGCUGGCGGGCUUGGGCAUCCAGGACUUUUCCAACAAAUCUGCUGCAGAGGUCAGCUUUACACACAACCGAAGACAGCCGCAUGGGCGCAACACUAGUACUGGCUCGCAGGUGUCAAUCGGCUCUGCCACCUUUCGACCUUCGCCGGGACAGCCUUUCACACAUCCCAUGGCCAAGGUUCCCAGACCUUACACUCCUCCCGCAGGAGCUUCACAUCCCGCUUCGUUGAAUCAGGAGGAAGCAGACGAGAGUGAUGAUGUCGUGGAAGACGAGUUCCGUCUUGGGAAUGGCUUCAGGACAAGGCGGAGCAUGUCGAUAUCCUCAACGCCUCUGAAUCUUCCAACCCCACUGUCACAGUCGCAUACAGCAGGAGAACUUGAAUACGCACGCAGAGCACAAGCUUCUCAAACAAACCUGUCAAUGCUGUCUGGAUCUUUAGAACAAUCGAAGCAAAGCCGUUCGCGCGGAAACACCGACAUGACACUUCUCGAAAGUGAUCCUUCGCCUCCAUCACGCCCGAGCUUCGACAAGGCAUUUAGUUUCGUCUCGCGUCGUUCGGAGAGUGAGCCCCAAUCUCGCGAUGAGCUUAUCCGUACCGCGAGACGAAAAUUUGAAGAGAAGGAGGCGACCAAGACGCGAAAAGACGAGAAGCGACGUGAACGGCAACGAUUGAGAUCAGAUGCCACAGAUGGUGCGGGUCAUUCACUGUCAUCGAUCGCAGAUGGUGUAGCGGAGAAGCGGCGGAGAAAGUCUUCGGUCACGGCUACUGCAGGCGCUGGCCGUGAUGAUGAUGCCGCGAAGUUGCGUGCCAUGAGUUACGACAAUUUCCGGCCUGCACAUGCCGCGACACUUCCUCGACAUGGCGAUGCACCUGGCGAAUCGGAAAAACGACAGAUGCAGCACUCUGUUGAGCCGAAGAAAAGUACCAACAGUGACGGCACUUGGAUGAGAUUUUCAACAUGGUUCCAGACCAGGAUGUUGAGCUGUGGUGGUGGGAGGCGGCGUUGA